GCUCCGCCCGCUCCCCUGCCUGCCUGCCGCCCGCCCAGCCACCGGCCGUUACCUGCCACUCGCACACCCACAGACCAACCGACGCUCCGGGAGCGAUGAAGACCGCCCGGAUCGCCCUGCGCACCGCCGCGCCCCUGGUCGGGGGCAGUGGGAGCAGCGGCAGCAGCACUUUCCCCACCGUUUUGGAGCAGUUUGCCCGCUUCUCCCCCUCCCCUCUCUCCAUCAAGCAGUUGCUGGACUUCGGCUCAAACAAUGGCUGUGAGAGAACUUCUUUUGCCUUUUUGAGACAAGAGCUUCCUGUGAGGUUUGCAAACAUACUGAAAGAAAUUGAUCUUCUUCCCGAUAAAUUGCUAGGCACUCCAUCAGUGCAGCUAGUCAAAAGCUGGUACAUCCAAAGCCUAAUGGAGCUGGUUGAGUUCCACCAGAAAAGCCGAGAUGAUCAAAAAGUCUUAUCUGACUUCAUAGAUACAUUAAUCAGAGUCCGAAACAGGCAUCAUGACGUGGUUCCUACGAUGGCACAAGGAGUCAUUGAAUACAAAGACACCUUUAAAGUAGACCCUGUCACCAAUCAAAACAUUCAGUACUUCUUGGAUCGCUUUUACAUGAGCCGCAUCUCCACCCGGAUGCUAAUGAACCAACACACCCUGCUUUUUGAUGACAAAUCUCGCUCUGGGCACCCAAGGCACAUUGGAAGCAUUGAUCCUUGCUGUGAUGUUGCUGAGGUGGUGAAUGAUGCCUUUGAAAGUUCCAAGAUGUUGUGUGAGCAGUACUACUUAACAGCUCCAGAGCUGAAACUCAACCAAGUGAAUGGCAAACUUCCAGGAGAGCCAAUUAACAUUGUGUAUGUUCCAUCUCAUCUUUUUCACAUGCUUUUUGAGCUCUUCAAGAAUUCAAUGAGGGCCACUGUGGAAUUCCAAGAAAACAGCCCUUCCCUUUCUCCAAUUGAAGUGACAGUUGUUCUAGGACAAGAAGACCUGGCAAUUAAGAUCUCAGACAGAGGAGGUGGUGUUCCAGUAAGGAAAAUUGAGAAGCUGUUCAGCUACAUGUAUUCCACAGCCCCCAGGCCAAGGAUGGAUGAUGGUCGGAACGCCCCUCUUGCUGGAUUUGGGUAUGGCUUGCCAAUUUCUCGUCUGUAUGCUAAAUACUUCCAAGGAGACCUAAAUCUCUACUCCAUAUGUGGUUAUGGAACUGAUGCUAUUAUCUACUUGAAGGCCCUGUCAACAGACUCAGUGGAAAAACUCCCAGUUUUCAACAAGUCAGCUUCCAAGCAUUACCAGACUACCACCGAGGCAGAUGACUGGUGUGUGCCAAGCAGAGGCCCCAGGCAUGGGUCAGAGCAGAGUGCAGCUGCCUGAAGAGAAGCUGGUAUCCAGGCACUCAAGGGGAUCAAGCUGGCUUCUCAAAGCAUAACUGACGUUUGGAAGUCAUCAUCUACCUCCAAACAAGUCAAGACUUCAUUUUCUGGACUGGCAGAAGAUGAAGAUGUCUAGCCUAGGCUGUCUGCACUGAAUGUGAAAUCUUGCUGUGGGCUUCAGGAUGAGGAAAACAGGAGCACAUGAUGUCUUUAAAAGAGAGCUGUGUCUAGAGGAGCAUCAGACUUCCCUGUUUCCCUUGCGAUCAAAGACUGGAUCUGGUAGAGGUGUGCAAUGGUGGAGUCCUGCCCAAUGCUUGCAUCCUCAAUCCUGAUAAACAUGUCAGUUAUGCUGGUGUAGAUUUUUUUUUUCCUCUUAGAAUAGCUAUCAGCAGUUCAUCUUAGCACAGAACUUCUCAGGUAGAUAAGAUAACACUUGUACUUUAGAGCUGGUUUUAUAAUGUUUGGAAAAGAUCCACUUUAAAUGGCAGUCUUGUAGUAAGAUACAACCAACCACAGCCUCCUUGGGAGGUAGGGAGAAAGUGUUUUUUUCCACAUGUAAGGAAAUCUUGUUUUAAAAACACCCUAAAUGAUAUUCCAGGAAUAAUUCUGAUGUGAUGCCUUUCUCUGGGAGGUUCACUGCUAGGUUUUUCCUCCUUUGUGUCAGGCUGUUCAUGUUAAACUAGCCAAGUAAGGCUCCUCUGCAUAUGGCAACAAAGAAAUCAGCAUUUUUUAGAUAGCUACUGGAAGGUUACUUGGUUGUAGCAGCUGGAAGGUCAGGCCACAUCCAGCCUACAUCCCAGCAAAGCACACACCAAGUAAGUUGGUCAGGGUUAUGCAAGAACAGCCAUGCAAGUUGAAUGGAAAGGUUUUGGUGGAUGUAAGUGGGACACGGGAAGCAGCACAGUCAAAACAUGGCCUUGUGGUUCUUUUUUUUGCCAUGCUGUUAGAUUAAUGGUUCUGUACAAGAAACUAGGACCUGCCUGUCAGCUUUGUCAGGUUGGUAGCUCAAAAAGGUACUUGUGGAUUGCACACCCUGGAAGCUGUCGUGCACUGCUUAGAAGGAUUUUAGAAGAGUGGUGCUGGAACCAGAGUUUUCUUCUAGGAACUCUCAAUUGCAGUGGAAAAGGUUUAGAAAGUGAGAAGUUUCAAACUAUGAGCAGCUCUGAAAACUACAGAGUGACUUGGAUGGACAGCAAACUGAUGGGGAAUUGUCACAGGAGCAGUGCCAGUGGGAGAGAGCUGUUGGGAAAACCUCCAUUCUCAGUAAGUUUCUUCCUUUCCAUCUUCUGUGUGCAUGUUCCCCUCCUUGUGAGCAAGGAGGACUUAACAAUGGAAUAGAACUGAACCUAUUGGACAGUGCCAAACUGGCCAAAGUUUGUCAGGGCUGCAUAAUAUUACUUGAAUUUCUUCUGUUUUAACUAAUUAGCACCUUAUCUUAAGUGUGAGUUGCAAUAUUUCAAGCAUGCUGCUCAGUCAUAGGAGAGUUUUCUAAGAUGUAUUUGUUGGACAAAAAGUCACUCCACACUCUCCUGUGCAUAUCAAAUGUGUCUGAACAGGAAAGAGAGGAAGCUGGAGCUACUUUUCUCCUAGAAGUCCUCUCAGGGAUGGAUUUGUCAAUCCAAAACGAAAUAGUAUUCUACUCUGCUUCAUUUCUUUUAAAAACUACAUUUAGAAGUGUGGAUGAGAACUCCUGAGCACUGUGACUUCAGUACUGCAUCGAGGCUGGGGUUUAUUGCAGUGGAUAAGCUGCAGGCACCAAAGGGCAUCAGAUUGUAUCAGGACUCAGCUCAGUGAAUGAACUGGGUAAUAAAACUGAAAUAGCUUUGUCCAGACUAGAGAGUUGUGGAAAAGCUGCCUUCACUGCCAUCAGAUACUUGAGUAGUUGUUGGGUUUUGUUUGGAAUGCAAAGUCACAAAAUAAUAGCUGAGUGUAGUCGAUGUUAUCAAGUAAACACAAAUUAGACCUCUCUGUCUGCUCCUGAUGGUGCUUGCACACAAGCUGUCAACUCAUGGCCUGAUGUAGAUCUGCUGUCAUCUCUAGGUCUGCUGUAUGGUGUACCAUAGCUGCAGCUCAUCCAGGUAGAGCUGUAGCUUCUAUCUACACCUGUACCAUAGCUGCAGCUCAUCCAGGUAGAGCUGCAGCUUUUAUCUACACCUGCACCAAAGCUGCAGCUCAUCCAGGUAGAGCUGUAGCUUCUAUCUACACCUGUACCAUAGCUGCAGCUCAUCCAGGUAGAGCUGCAGCUUUUAUCUACACCUGUACCAUAGCUGCAGCUCAUCCAGGUAGAGCUGCAGCUUUUAUCUACACCUGCACCAAAGCUGCAGCUCAUCCAGGUAGAGCUGUACCUUUUAUCUACACCUGUACCAAAGCUGCAGCUCAUCCAGGUAGAGCUGUAACUUUUAUCUACACCUGUACCAAAGCUGCAGCUCAUCCAGGUAGAGCUGUAACUUUUAUCUACACCUGUACCAUAGCUGCAGCUCAUCCAGGUAGAGCUGUAACUUUUAUCUACACCUGUACCAAAGCUGCAGCUCAUCCAGGUAGAGCUGUAACUUUUAUCUACACCUGUACCAAAGCUGCAGCUCAUCCAGGUAGAGCUGCAACUUUUAUCUACACCUGUACCAAAGCUGCAGCUCAUCCAGGUAGAGCUGCAACUUUUAUCUACACCUGUACCAAAGCUGCAGCUCAUCCAGGUAGAGCUGCAACUUUUAUCUACACCUGUACCAAAGCUGCAGCUCAUCCAGAUAGAGCUGCAACUUUUAUCUACACCUGUACCAUAGCUACAGCUCAUCCAGGUAGAGCUGCAGCUUCUGUCUACACUGUACCAUAGCUGCAGCCCAUCCAGGUAGGAGCUGUAACUUCUACCUCAAAGCAGCUGGGGCACAUGGGUGCUGCAAACACAUCUGCUGUUGCUUGCAGAGAGAAGCUGCUGUGCAGAGUCAUGAUGCAGACAGAGGUGUGUCUCUAGCAUUUAAGGAACCCACGUGGAAUUUCUGCAGUAGUAAAACUCACCUAAGGGCUAUCUACCUAGAAAAUACAUCUUCUUUUUCAGUGUUUACUGGAUUUUUAUUCCUGAAAGCAGAGCUGUACUUUUAAGCCUUUUACUGGGAUGUAGAUGUUGAGAUAAUUUUAUAAUAAAGCCUUCUAAAUGGUU